CUUUUUUCCUUCCUUUCUUUCUUUUUAACAUUUAUUCUAAACGCAAUACUCUCUAUUUUUCUUAUCAUGUUUGGAGCAACCACUCGGCGUUUUACUUUGGCCACCAGCACGCGUGCGUUCUCAACCAGCGUCCCCACCGGCUACCAAACGCGGCUUAGCCAGUUCUACCACAACACGCUGCGCGACGACCUCGUAAUCAUGCAAUACGUGCCGCCCAGCAUCCGUGCUCGCCAGGACGCCAAUGAAGCAGCGCGCAUUGAAGCAACCAACCAGAAGAUCGGUGGCACGCCGCCGAACCCAGACAAACAGCAUAAGAAGACCAGACAGCCUAAGCCCAAAGUGCCUGUGACCUCGGCGAACAACGCACCUCAUAUGGAGAGCGUCACCGUGCAUAUCCGGUGUCGCGAGGCUUUGCAGAACAAACACCAUUUGCUUUCUGUGCUCAUGGCUAUGCAGAUUGUGACUGGGCAGAGGGGGGAGGUUAUUAAAUCGAAAAAUGAUGCAGCGACGUGGAAGUUGCGCAAGGGAAUGCCGAUUUCGGUCAAGGUCGAGCUGAAGGGAGAUAGGAUGUUUGAGUUUAUGGAUAAGCUUGUCGAAGUGGUUUUGCCCCGGAUGAAGGAGUACCAUGGCUUGGGGAUGGAUGCUGGUGAUGGCAAUGGUAAUUUCUCCAUGGGCUUUGAUGGGUCGGUUAUUGGCCUGUUCCCUGAGAUGGAGAUGGUCUAUGACCAGUUCCCCUUGGUUACCGGCUUCCAUGUCAAUGUGCGCACCAGUGCUGCGAGGAACCCCGCCGGUCGCCUGCUGCUCAGCGGCUUUGGGCUGCCGUUCAUUCACACGCGCAAGCCUGCCUCGGAAACCUUUGAGCUGUAAGCAAAGGAAUGUUUUAUGACGAAUGAAGAAAAUGCCAAUACUGAGCUCUCUCUCUCUCUUUUUACAUCUAAAUCAAAAAUAUUUAUUAGAUUUUAAUCAGGAAAUAAUCAAACACGACGACGUAUGUAAA